AUGCAACAAACUAAUGUUGUCGGCAAGCCUGGCUCUCACGGUAGCAGAGACAAAAACCAGAAAAGUAAAAGUGGAGACAAGGGCAGUCAGGGGAAGGGAGGAAGAAGAGGAGGUGGGAGUAAACAUGGAGGAGGAGGAGGAGGAAAAGGAAUGUUUAGAGAUGGAAGUGAGGAUUGGUCAACUGAGGGAACGUCCUUCAUUUCCGGAACGUCGCAAAACGGCGGCUGGCAGUCGUCAUUCUCGUCAGCCUUCUCGUCAUCAAAUAAAAAAAACGCCGGACACGGAUUCGGUUCGAAGGAUGGAACAGGAUUUCAGAAAAUUGGAGGCAGUCACGACAAGGAAGCAAGAUGGAGUUCAUCGUUCACGUCAGGUUCCUACAAGUGGAGUAGCAGAGGUGGAUCUGGUGUUGGUAACAUGAAACUUGAUCUCGAUUCUUUGCUAGGUGAAAAAUCCUUCGAUGAGGAAUCAUGGACUGUUGUGGAAAAUAAGACGAGAGGUGGCAUCGCCGACGUGCCGGUCGAUUGGAACGAGUGGUCAGAAUGGACGCAACAAGCGAACGGAACGUCAGUACGCACCAGAACUUGCAAGAACGCACCGAAAGGUCUCUGCAGGGGUCCAAACAAACAAACUAGGAUGAGGACAGAAACUUGGGUAGAAUCAUCUGAAGAAUGGUCGGAAGAAUCCAGUGAACAACCUUACGAUGAAACGGAAGUUCGGACCUUCAAAGCAUUAAGAAGGAAGGGUCAUCGAGGGGGAAAAGGUCAUGAUCAAGAUAGUGAGGAUAGUGACGAGUCCUGGUCCUACGAAGUUGACUUUGGCAACAUGGCUGAAGUUUUAGAAGACUGGGAAGUUUGGAGUGAUUGGGUUCAAGGAGCAGACGGCUGGUGGCAAAGAACGAGAAAAUGUAAAAAUCAGUCAAAGAAUGGACCGUGCAGAGGAAAAGUUUCACAAAGAAGGAAGAAGAAGGUGAAAAUUGGUGGUCGUGGUCGUCAUCAUGGUCAUCGCCACGGCAGUCACGAUGGUGGCGACAGCAGUGGCCAUUCCUGGUCAUACGAAGCUGACAAAGCAAUUUCAGUUGUGGAAGUUUUAGAAGACUGGGAAGUUUGGAGUGAGUGGGUUCAGGGAGCAGACGGCUGGUGGCAAAGAACGAGAAAAUGCAAAAAUCAGUCAAAGAAUGGACCGUGCAGAGGAAAAGUUUCACAAAGGAGGAGGAAGAAGGUGAGAAGUGGCGGCAGUAGCAGUAGCGAUGAUGACGACUCUGGUUCUUGGUCUAUUUCCAUUGAUAAAGACGAAGUGAAAGAAGAUUGGCUGGAAUGGGGCGAGUGGAUCUUGGAUGUGAAUGGGAUUUGGACGAGAACGAGGAAGUGCAAAAAUGUUGGAAAGGAUGCGAAGUGCAGAGGAAAAACCACGCAGACCAGACGCAAGAAGAAGAAGACCAGACACGGUAAAGAUGACCCAUUUAAACGGUCGACGAGUCAUCGCCGAGACAAAGGAAAACACGGACAUGGCAGUCGAGACUUUAGUGAUUCGUGGUCAUACGAAAAUCAAGCUGAUUUUAUGGCUGAAGUUUUAGAAGAUUGGGAAGUUUGGGGUGAGUGGAUUCAAGGAGCAGACGGCUGGUGGCAGAGAAUGAGGAAGUGUAAAAAUCAGUCAAAGAAUGGACCGUGCAGAGGAAAAGUUUCACAAAGGAGGAGGAAGAAGAUGAAGGGAAGUGGCAACAGUGACGACGACGACUCUGGUUCUUGGUCUAUUUCUAUUGAUAAAGACGAAGUGAAAGAAGACUGGCUGGAAUGGGGCGAGUGGAUCUUGGAUGUGAAUGGGAUUUGGACGAGAACGAGGAAGUGCAAAAAUGUUGGAAAGGAUGCGAAGUGCAGAGGAAAAACCACGCAGACCAGACGCAAGAAGAAGACCAGACACGGAUCUAAAUUCGGCGACGGCAAGAGCCACCGCAGACACAAAGGAAAACAUGGGCACGGUAGUGGUAGCGUUGAUGAAAGUUGGUCUUAUGAAGUUCAAACAGAUACGAUCGCAGAAAUAGCAGAAGACUGGGAAGUUUGGGGUGAGUGGGUUCAGGGAGCAGACGGAUGGUGGCAAAGAACGAGAAAAUGUAAAAAUCAGUCAAAGAAUGGACCGUGCAGAGGAAAAGUUUCACAAAAGAGGAAGAAGAAGGUAAAGGGAAGUGGCAGUGGCAGUGGCAGUAGCGACAACGACGAUUCUUUCUCUUAUACCGUCGAUAAAGACGAAGUUAAAGAAGACUGGUACGGUUGGGGUGAAUGGAUGGUGGAUGCAUUUGGAGUUCGCACUAGGACCAGGAAGUGUAAAAAUGUUGGAAAAGAUGCAAAAUGCAGAGGAAAAGCUACGCAGGCAAGACUCUCGAAACGUAAACAUGGUUCUGAAUCAAUUGACUCUAGCGGUUCUAUAGAAAUUACAAACGAACCAACGUCUCCAGAGAAUCUCGAAGAUUGGAACGAAUGGAGCCAGUGGGAAAAGGAUGCGGAUGAUUUCUGGGUUCGGAAAAGAGUUUGUAAAAACGCGCUAUCUUCAGGAAAAUGCAGAGGAGCAUGCAUUCAAAAGAAGAAGGAAAUAAUAACAACAACUACAACUAUCAAAAUAACUAAAAAAAGACGCAAGAACUCGUGUGCCGACGAUGAAGUCCUUAAAGAUUGGUUUUUAUGGGGAGAGUGGAAACUUGUCGGCACAAUUUGGACACGAACAAGAGUUUGUAAGAAUGACGGAAUUACAGGCAUAUGCAGAGGAAAAUCAGUUGAAACUUCUAAAACGGAUCCGAAAGUUACGCCAACCGAUGAUGAAUACAAUAACGAUCUUGGACUUGAUAAUCUUGAGGAAGUUCCUAAGCCGAUAGACGGAGGAUGGAGCCCUUGGGAAGAUUGGUCUCCUCUUACUGGAACAAAAAAUCCAGAAACUCAAACUCGGAAAAGAAAAUGUGACAACCCGGAGCCUGGCAACGGUGGAAAAAAAUGCAAUGGCUCCGAUACAGAUUCGAAGCAAGUCUAUUCUCCAAUUGAUGGGAAGUGGAGUGAUUGGACAGAAUGGUCCAGACCUGUUUCAAGCAGCACGAAAAUCUAUAGGACAAGAGUGUGUAACAAACCACCCCCAAGUAAUAACGGAAAAUAUUGCAGUGGUAACGAGCGAGAUGAAAAAGAUGUAAUCUUUCCAACCGAUGGCAAGUGGGAAGAAUGGAGCCCCUGGUCCACUCCAACUUUUGAUUCAAAUCCAGAAACACUUACACGCACUCGCCAUUGUACUAAUCCAGCUCCUUCAAACGGAGGAGCAGACUGUUCUGGACCGGAUCAAGAUACUAAACAAGAGUACCAUCCAAUUGAUGGUGGCUGGUCCGAAUGGACACCGUGGGCAUUCAACGGAACGGAAGAAAAGAGGCGAGAUCGAACUUGCACUAAUCCUAAGCCAGAGUAUUUUGGCAAGCUAUGUGCUGGACCAAGUUUUGAAAUUGUUCACAUUAUUCUUCCUACAAACGGAGGCUGGAGUAAUUGGGGUCCCUGGUCUGAAUUAACUCAUUUAACUAAUCCUGAAACAAUCUAUCGAAAACGAGUGUGUGAUCAUCCAACACCAGCUAACGGCGGUGCAUAUUGUGAAGGUAAUGAUCAAGAUAAAGAAGAUAAAUACACACCAAUUGAUGGAUCAUGGAAAGAAUGGGGACAAUGGUCUGAUGCUAAUUGUAAGUCAGAUGAAGUUCAGCGUGUUCGAGAAUGUAAACCUCCAAUGUUUAAUGGCAAAGAUUGCGUAGGACCAAAAAUUGAAACGAAGCCUAUUACUAGACCUGUUGAUGGAAAUUGGGGCGAUUGGGGCGAAUGGAUUGAUUUGUUCAUUCAAACAUAUCAAUUAAAUCCCAAAACAGUCUAUAGAAAACGAUUUUGCGAUAGUCCUUCUCCGUCAAACGGAGGAUCAGAAUGCAUUGGUCCAAGUACAGAUAGAACAGAUGUUUAUACUCCAGUUAAUGGAGGAUGGAAUGAAUGGUCAGAAUGGAAACUUUUACAUGAACUAGGGAAAAAAAGUCGUUACAGAACAUGUUCGAAUCCAGCUCCUCUUUAUGGCGGCUCAAAUUGUAAUGGUUUUUCCGAAGAAUUAGAAGAUUUGAUUGAACCAAAAGACGGUAACUGGAGUCCCUGGUCAGUUUGGUCAACUCCUACUGGUUUAUUUAAUCCAGAAACAAUAAGAAGAACUAGAAGUUGUGACAACCCAAGUCCCGUAAACGGCGGUAAAGACUGUGAAGGAUUUCCAGAAGAUACAUACACGAUAGAAAAACCCAUUGAUGGAGGAUGGUCAGAAUGGACGGAAUGGACACUUACACCUGAUAAAAAAUAUCAAGAACAUAAUCGCACGUGUACAAAUCCAUCACCCCUGUUUGGCGGUAAAAAUUGUGUCGGUGUGGAAUUCGAGGCAGUUGAAAAACCAAUUGAUGGAAGAUGGAGUGAUUGGGGAGAGUGGUCUAUUCUUACUAAUGCAACUAAUCCAGAGACAAUAAGAAGAAGAAGAGUUUGCAAUAACCCUAUACCAUUUGGUGGCGGUAAAGAGUGUUCUGGUUUAGAUAUUGAUGAAAUAACAAUAUACAGAGCAGUUGAUGGCGGCUGGAGUGACUGGUCUGAAUGGACCCCAGAAUCCGAGUCCUCAAUGAUUCGUUUUAGAAAAUGUGACAACCCUGCUCCGUUGUUUGGGGGCUUAGAUUGUUCUGGUCCCAAUAGUAAUUCAAAACACGUUGAACAUCCAACUGAUGGCAAAUGGGGGUUGUGGACACCUUGGUCCGAACCAACUCGUGCAACUAACCCAGAAAUAGUUACUAGAGUAAGAUACUGCAAUGAGCCCAUGCCUUCAAACGGAGGAUUGAAAUGUGAAGGUGAUGAUACGGAUUCCAAAUUAAUUUAUCAUCCAAUUCACGGUAAUUGGGGAGAUUGGUCAGAUUGGUCAGAAAAACGAACAAAUGUCGACACUGUGUACCGAACACGAAAUUGCUCUAAUCCUGAACCUCAGCAUGGAGGUGACGAUUGUCUUGGUAAUAAUAUAGAUUCUAAACCUAUUGAUUUACCGGUCAAUGGCCAUUGGGGCUCUUGGGGUCCUUAUGAUAAACCGACAGGAUUACUUAAUCCAGAGCCCAUAACCCGAAAACGAGAGUGCGACAGCCCACGUCCGGCAAACGGUGGUUUGAUGUGCGAAGGAGAUGACACGGAAACUGUUUACAUUAAUAGGCCAAUCGAUGGAGCAUGGAGUGAUUGGGGUGAGUGGCUUCAAAUUUCACAAUUAACAGAGUGGAAAAGAACAAGAUCAUGUAACAAUCCUUUACCAUUAUAUGGCGGUAAAAUUUGCGCUGGAUUAGAUGAAGAAAGAAAAACACUUGAACCGGUCAAUGGUGGAUGGACGGAAUGGACCAACUGGUCUGAACCAACACGUCGGUCAAAUCCAGAAGAACUUUCUAGAUAUCGAUACUGUUCCAACCCUACUCCCGAAAAUGGAGGUGAACCCUGUAGUGGUCCAGAAAGAGAAACACGAACGAUAAAUAAUCCAAUUGAUGGUUGCUGGGGACCGUGGUCUUCUUGGUCCGAACCUACUGAAGGAACGACUGAAGUAACUAGAACGAGAUUCUGCAACAAUCCGUCUCCACAGUAUGAAGGAAAAAACUGUGAGGGCCCGCAGGAAGAACACAAAAAUGUAAAAGUACUUACAAAUGGUGGCUGGAGUGAAUGGAGUGAAUGGUCACAACCCACUGAAUUAACAAAUCCUGAAAUUUUAAUAAGACGUAGAUACUGCAACAACCCAACCCCCUCGAAUGGCGGAUCUAAUUGUGAGGGACCUUACGACGAUACAAUCAACUACGCAAGACCAAUUGAUGGCGGUUGGACCGAAUGGUCGGAGUGGUCCCUUCCCACAGGUUUAACUAACCCAGAAAUUCUGACAAAAACUCGUAGUUGUACUAAUCCAAGACCAGAGUAUAAUGGAAAAUUAUGCGAUGGACCUGAUGAAAACACAAAAGAAUUAACUAGACCCAUUCACGGAAAUUGGGGACCAUGGGGUCACUGGUCUUGCCCGAUGGUAACAAAAAUUCCAGAAAUUUACGCAAGAGUAAGAAGUUGCAACAACCCUGCACCCAUGUACGGUGGUCUAAGAUGCGUUGGAAACGAUACUGAAACAAAGCGCGUGCCCAAACCAAUAAAUGGGAAUUGGGGAGAGUGGGGCGCCUGGUCAACCCCAACAAAUCGAACAAAUCCUGAAACACUAGCAAGAAUGAGGACGUGCGAUAAUCCUGUUCCACUUUAUGGCGGCAAGGGAUGCAAAGGUUCCAACAAAGAUACGAAAAAAAUCACUAGACCCGUGAAUGGCGGUUGGGCGCUAUGGGGUCCGUGGGACAUUCCAUCCGAGUGGAACUUACCUCAAACCGUGAAAAGAACUCGUACAUGCACCAGACCAAAGCCUGAUUUCGAUGGACGUCCCUGCACAGGGCCUGACCAAGAAACGAAAGUGAUCACUGAAAGGACUCCAGUCAACGGCGGGUGGUCAGCCUGGUCUCAGUGGUCUACUCCCACGGGACUUUUGAAUCCUGAAACGAUUAACCGGACACGUGCUUGCAACAAUCCACAGCCUAUGUUCAACGGCAAAGAUUGUGUCGGACCGAAUAUCGAAUACGAGAACAUCACGAGACCGAUAGACGGAGUGUGGGGAGAGUGGGGUCCCUGGAGUGAACCCACAAAACUGUCCAACCCUGAAAACUUGACGAGAACGAGACAAUGCAACUCACCGGCUCCCUUGUACGGUGGUUUAAAUUGUGUCGGACCGAAUACUGACACGAAACCGUAUACAACACUUUCGUCUCGCAUGUACGUUGGCCUGUUAACUAAAUAUGAAAAAUUUGCAAUCGCUUCAACUGAGAAACAUCACCGAGAACAUUUUCAAACAGCAAUCAACGGCGAAUGGACCGAUUGGACGGAAUGGUCAACUCCGACCCAUAUGACCAACCCUGAAACCCUGACACGAACGCGUACAUGUACCAGUCCUGCACCUGAGUUUGGAGGGUUGGGCUGCGAUGGUUCGCCCGUUGACACUCAAGAACUUACAAGACCUAUUGAUGGUGGCUGGAGCAGUUGGAGUCAGUGGUCAACUCCUUCCAGACAGACACCAAUAGAAACAAUAUUCCGGACAAGAGAAUGUGACAGCCCUAGGAGUGCGUUUGAUGGGAGAGAUUGCGAUGGAGAUAAAAGGGAAUUGCUAAACAUCACAAACCCCAUCGACGGACAUUGGGGGGAAUGGAGUGAAUGGGAUGCAUAUAUCCCAGUACCUGGGCAAGCAGACCGCAAAAUAUCUAGGAGAACGAGGUCAUGCAACAGUCCAACGCCAGAAUUUGGCGGUAAAGAAUGCGAGGGUAAAGAUUUCGAAGAAGAUGUCAAAGUUAAAAAUAGUCCCAAACCCAUUGACGGAGUAUGGUCAGAUUGGUCGGAGUGGUCAAAACCAACUGGACUCGAAAACCCUGAAACCAUAACAAGUGUGAGAACGUGUACAAAUCCAUCGCCGGCCUUUGGCGGGAAAAUGUGCGAGGGUGAUAACCAACAGUCUAAACUAAUAUAUAAUGCCGUUCAUGGCAGAUGGGGUGACUGGUCAGGUUGGGCCAAACAAAAUGCCGAUGGGCACAAUGAAAUAAUGAGAACGAGGGCUUGCGACAGUCCUGCCCCCGCCUACGGUGGCGACGAUUGUGUGGGCAGUUCCGUGGAGGUCAACCAGCUCGAAGACGAUAAGCCAAAACCUGUUGAUGGAUUGUGGGGUGAAUGGAUGGACUGGAUAAUCGAACCAAGUCCGGAUAAUCCGACCAGCAAAACGCGCUACAGGGCCUGCGAUAAUCCGGCUCCAUCGUUCGGAGGUGUCAUUUGCGAGGGUCCUAGUUCCGAAACUCAACCUCAUUAUAAACCCGUCGAUGGCGGUUGGACUGAAUGGUCAGAUUGGUCAAAACCAACCGGUGAGGCCACUCCUGAAUACGUGAAACGUACGAGAACUUGCACAAAUCCGGCUCCUCAAUACGAAGGAAAGGAUUGCAUGGGAGAUAAAGAGGAAUCGGCUCCAGUUGUCCCAGAGUUCCACUUACCCGUUGACGGAGGCUGGAGUUUGUGGGGCGAGUGGUCGGUCCCUAUCGGGGUGACUCCGUCUGAGACACUCACAAGGGCGCGAAUUUGUGACAACCCAACACCCGCCAAUGGUGGAAAUCCCUGCUAUGGUUCAGGCAUCGACUUCAAGGAUAUUAAAAACCCUAUAAAUGGUAAUUGGGGCGAGUGGGGUGAAUGGUCAACCCCGACUAAAUUGGUCAACCCUGAAAUUAUUAAACGAACCCGGCUCUGUGAUUCGCCAGCCCAAAUGAAUGGUGGCUGGGAUUGUUACGGGAAUGAUACUGAGACUAAAGAAACAACUUCCCCCGUUGACGGUGGUUGGUCAGAGUGGUCAGAUGUAACGAAUGACGUAGAAUUAGGAGUUCAAAAAAGAACGAGAACAUGCAGCAACCCGUUCCCAGCUUUUGACGGGCAAGACUGCAUUGGAGAGCCUGUAGAAAUUAUAGGAAACAUGGAAGAGUUACCGCAGCCGAUAGACGGUGAUUGGACCAGUUGGUCUGAAUGGACUAGCAUCGAAAAAACCGACAAAACUGAAACAUUUAAGAAGGAGAGAAGCUGCAAUAAUCCCACGCCAUUGUUUGGCGGAAAAGAAUGCGAAGGCGAACCUAUUAUAACUGUUACAAUUGAUUUGCCCAUCGAUGGUGGUUGGACCGAAUGGACCGACUGGUCAGUACCGACGGAUACUUCGGUACCGCAGACAAUCACCAGGACAAGGACAUGUACAAACCCGGUACCGAAUAAUGAGGGUAAAGAUUGCGAGGGCCCUCCUACUGACUAUAGGGAGUUCACCCCUGAUAAGCCGUUGCAACAAAUGCAUAGAUCGUUUUUUCGUGACUUUACAUUUUCAAACUCAAAUCGGAGAAAUUAUGUUCUGAAUAACAAUGUAGCCAUUGACGGAGGUUGGUCGGAUUGGUCGGAUUGGGAAGACGAAGACUUAUCCCAUCAAAUUAGAACGAGAACAUGCACUAAUCCCAUUCCUGUAUAUGGAGGAAAAAAUUGCGAGGGACCGAAUAGCCAGGAGAAAAAGAUUAAAAUCUGUCCGCCCGACUACACGUACAAUCCUGAGUCAAAGAAAUGUUACAAACUAAUUAAGAAGAGGUUGAGCUGGGAAGGGGCGAGAAGUGCUUGCAAACGGAUCAACCCAGACGCACAUUUGGUCAUAAUUGAUGACCAAACUUCGCAGAACGCCAUUGCUAAAUUCUUCAAUUCUGACAACGGUACACUACGCGAGAAAUGCUCCGAUCCAUCUGGUACGACGUUGAACGUCUGGACUGCUGGCAAAAGAUUAAUCAACCAAGCCAACAACAAAUUUCUCUGGCUACCUGAUAACGACAGGGAACCAAGAGAAAUGAGAUACUCCAACUGGGAAGUUUCAUACCCUGAGGAAAAGGCCGGCGUAGAGCAAUGCACCUUCUUCAAACUACCUGAUUUUAAAUGGAUAGAAGGCCCGUGCGGAUGCCAGAAACCUGAAGAAAAAGAUGCAAGUCUGGAUAGUAGUGAAGACGAAGAUGAAGAAGAAGAGGAAAUAGGUCCAGAUGGUAAAAAGAAGCAUAAGCAUAAGACAAAAAAAUGGAGAAAAAAUAUCAUCUUUGGCGGGAAAGCUAGCCAUGAUGAGAAAUCUCAGUCAACUUCGUGGUCGUACGAUAGCCACGAUAUAACCACGGAAGUAGAGGCAACAGAGGAUUGGGAGGCCUGGAGUGAAUGGGCGCAGCAGGGAGAUGGCUGCAUGAAGAGGAAGAGGACUUGUAAGAAAGAGGCGAAGGGGGGCAAGUGUUCUGGAAAAAGUGAACAGAAGAAGAGAAGAAAGACGUGGAGAGUUGAUGGCUCUUGGGAAAUAUCUAACGAUGGCUCCAGAGACGCAGGACCAGAAGUCGCAGAUGACUGGGAGCAGUGGUCGGAAUGGACGAAAGAUGGAAAUCUGAAAGUCUGGAUUAGAACGAGGAAGUGUAAGGACGUAAAUAAAAAUUGUAGAGGUCGUAGUAUGCAGAAGAAGCGGAAAGUCAGAAGAACCAGGACGAUCAGAAAGUGGACUGUUACAAAAACGCACACCGAUGAAUCGGGUUCUGAGUCAUUAGACAGCCAGCAUCGCAGCCACGGCAGCAAGAGUGAUAAUAGCCACAGUGAAGAACACGGUGAACAUAGCAAGGAACACAGCAAAGAACACGGCGAACAUAGCAAAGAACACGGCGAACAUAGCAAAGAACACAGCAAAAGCGACGAAAGCAAAAGUCAUGGCAGUCACGACAAGAGCCACUCCAGUGGUAGCCACAGCCAGGAGCAUGAGGAUCACGAAACAACUCACAUUGACGAGAGUACCGAUAAAGAAGAUUGGUCUGUUGACGGAAGCGAGAUUCCUGACAAUCUGGAAGACGCUCCUGAAGAUGUUGAACAGUGGGCAGAGUGGGCACUGGAGAUGGACGGAACAUGGUGCAGAAAAAGAACCUGCAAAAGGAAGGACAAAAAUUGUAAAGGUCGUCUAAUUCAGAAGAGAAGAAAAAGAAUGUGGAAAAUUAUUGGAUCAUGGUCGAUCGACGAAUCUGGCGACUCAAACCUCGAAGUGGCCGAAGAAUGGGAAACGUGGACGGAGUGGGUGAAGGGUUCGGAAGGGUGGUGGCGUAGAACGAGGAAGUGCAAAAACAAAGCAGCCAAUUCAAAGUGUAGAGGAAGCAGUAAACAAACAAAGAGAGUCAGAGGUUGGAAAAAGACAAGAGUUUUCAGAAAGAAGACUUGGCAAAAAACCAUCCAAAAUAGCGAUUGGUCUCUUGAUAAGGAAAAUAAUAUUUUCCAAAACGGCCGAGAAGAGUUUCCAGAGGAUUGGAAUUUAUGGGGUGAAUGGACACAAGACGACGAAAAUUCUUUCACAAGAGUAAGAACAUGUAAGAAUAUUGGUCCAGAUGCCAAAUGCAGAGGUCAAAAGAAGCAGAGGAGAAUUAGAAAAGUUACCAAAUACGACAUAGAAAUAUCAUCCGAUCUUGAUUCCGAUUUUAACGUUGAAAAGUCACAGGACAUUUCCUGGUCUCUUGAUAGUACAGAUGACAGUGCAUUAGAAGUUCCAGAUGACUGGGAACAGUGGGUGACGUGGUCUUCAGAUCAAAAUGGGUGCGUCCUACGAACCAGGAGUUGUAAGAAUACCCAAUGCAGAGGGAAGAACAAACAACGAAAAUGUAAAAAAACAAAGAGGAUUCAAGGCAUGUGGAACAUUUAUGAAACACAAGAAGGGGAGGAAGUUUCGAAAGAUUGGGAGACGUGGUCUGAAUGGAAAUUUGAUAAGAGAGGUUUUGAUGUGAGAACCAGGAAUUGCAAAAACGCCGAGUCAAGCGGUAAAUGCCGAGGAGCUAGAAAACAAAAAAGAAAAUUAAUUAAGGAUAUGAACUGGAAGUUAACAGGAGAUUGGUCACUGGACGAGAGUGACGAUAAAUCAGAAAAACUUGAAGAUUGGGAACUCUGGGGUGAAUGGACAAAAACUGACGAUAUCUGGUGGAGUAGAAAGAGAUUCUGCAGAAAUAAAGUUAACAACGGAAAAUGCAGAGGACAAUCGAUUCAGAAGAGACGGUUAAGAGUCUGGAAAACUGUAGGCUCUUGGUCCAUUGACAUUACAAAAGGUUCCUGGUCGGCGGAUGAAUCAGCUAACGAUUGGAAAACAUGGACUGAAUGGACUCUACAGGAAACUGAUAACUGCUGGCUUAGAACACGAGAAUGUAAAGUUGCCAACUGUAAAGGUGCGGCACUGCAGAGAAGAAGAAAUCGUACCUUCUCUGUUUCAACAGGCGCAAGGGAAGAUCAAUCCAGUAAAGUUACAAAAUCGCAGGAACACGACGAAAAAAUUACUUCAAAACGUAAGACCAGGAGGAAAAGCUGGAACAAGUUUAAAACUGUAAGUACAAGAGGAGAGGAAAAUUUUGAAAAACACGAUCUUGAUAUGCUGAUUGGUGGAGGUUAUAACAAAUACAGCGUCGCAUCUGAUGAUAAAGAAAGUUUCGUAUUUGACGGUACUGGAUUUGUCAGGAAGGAGCUUAGCGGCGAUGUUAAUAUACACGUUAAGAGUGAUGAGAGUAGUCGUAACGGAGACAAGAAAGUUCAUGGCGGAAGUCAUGAUAAAGUUGGUUUCGGUAUGGGAAUGGGAGCGAUAGUUGGUAAAAAUAGCCGUAGCGGAGACAAGAAUGUUCAUGGCGGAAGUCAUGAUAAAGUAGGAUUCGGUAUGGGAAUGGGAGCAGGAGUUGGUAAAAGUAGCGGUAGCGGAGACAAGAAAGUUCAUGGCGGAAGUCAUGAUAAAUUUGGAUUCGGUAUGGGAAUGGAAGUGAAAGUUGGUAAAAGUAGCAGUAGCGGAGACAAGAAUGUUCAUGGCGGAAGUCAUGAUAAAGUAGGAUUCGGUAUGGGAAUGGGAGCAGGAGUUGGUAAAAGUAGCGGUAGCGGAGACAAGAAAGUUCAUGGCGGAAGUCAUGAUAAAUUUGGAUUCGGUAUGGGAAUGGAAGUGAGAGUUGGUAAAAGUAGCGGUAGCGGAGACAAGAAUGUUCAUGGCGGAAGUCAUGAUAAAGUAGGAUUCGGUAUGGGAAUGGAGAUUGGUAGAAACGGUCAGAACAAAGACAAAAAUGUUCAUGGUGGAAAGAGUGGGAGUCAAGACCAGAGUGGAAUGGUAUAUGCAUUUGGUAAAAGUAGUCAGAGUAAAGAUAAGAAAGGUCAUAUUGAAGAUGGGAUAAAUAUGAUGUCGAAACAAAUGGAACAGAUUGUUCAAAAAAAUGAUCAAGACAAAAAUAUUAAAAAACAAGUUGGAAAUGCCCAGAUUGGACAAAACAACGACGACAGAGAUAAUGGCAGAAAUGACAAAAAUCAACAAAAGAGCCUCAACAUUCAAGAAGCUGGUCAAAGGACACAGAUUCAAGACAUGGGUCACAGCGUACAAAUGUUUGAUACGAAAGGACAAAACAAUGAUAAAAAAGAUAGCGGUAAAAAUGAUGAUAAGAAGGAUAACGGCAAAAAUGAUAAAGGCCGACCUGCUCAAGAUGAUAAGGCCAACAAAAGAGGAAGAAGUAAGAGGUCUGCUUCCAGCGUUGAUAGCAAGAAAGGUGGUGCGAAAAAACAGGCUCCCAAACCAUUUUAUGAUCCAAUUUGUGGAAUCAACAUGUGUGCUCUUUGCGAGUUGGAUUUAGUAUAA